AUGCGUGACAUUUACAAGUACUGCCGCCAUUGCCUUGUCUGGCUGGGUGGGAUCAAGGAGCAUGUGUCCGUCGAAGAUGCCGAAAGAGGCUGGGAAGUCCUUACCUACGUGUCAGCGGCCGGUAAGGCCGGUAAUUACAGAGAUUCCAUUGCCGUAGCAAUGAGCAGCGGCCAAGAGGCGUUUCAUCACGCUGUCAAGGCGCUGUGGACUUCGGCGGGCCAGCGACACCCAUGGUGGGAUCGUAUAUGA